AUGCGUCUGCAGACCGCCGCGGACGCACUCCGUUGCAAGACCUUCCCCAUGUUUCUUAAGGGAAAGGCACGGCUCUGGUUUCAGGGCCUGGCGCCGGGGUCCAUCCGGAGUUUCACCGAGCUGGCCAGACAGUUCGCUGCCCAGUUCGUCUCCUCGAAGACUUACUCGAAAAACGCGGCUCACUUGAUGGCCGUCAAGCAGAAGCCGGACGAGUCCCUAAAGAAUUUCAUGACGCGCUUCAACACAGAAAGCCUGCAGAUCAGGGACAAAGAUGAGAAAGUGGUCAUGGCUGCCUUCAUGAACGGGCUAAGGGUAGAGGAGCUCUACUACAAGCUCGUCGAGCAGCCUCCCAAGAAUCUGGGAGAGCUCCUGAAUCGGGCUCACGCUGCUGCCAACGCAGAGGAGGCCGGCCGCCUGAAACGAGAAUCAGAUCGGGAGCUUGGGGACCGGAAAGGACGGGCAAACCACCCUGAAACUAAGGACGACCAAGCCAAGAAGAACGUCUUCGAUCGCCUCUCCAAGGAUAGGGCCCCCGCUCCACCGCCGCUCCCUGAAAAAGGAUACACGCCCCUAACCCGGCCAAGGGCGCAAAUCCUGGCUGUCAUGGAGACAGAGGGCCUGGGAGACCUGUGA